GGUCACUGGCCGGGCCGAUGCAAGGAAGAAAGGGCGCGCGCCGCGCUCUGCAGGCUGGCUGCAGCUUUGUCUGUCACCAAAGCUGUCUUGCAAAAGCAGGAGCCGCAGAUUGUGAACAGAGGCCGCCACAAGAGUGCUCUGUCAUCUGGGCAGAUGAGAAGUCGACAUCUGACGGUAGCUUUGUAACUCCUUGUGAGACUCACAUACUUGCUGGAAUCAGGCGCAGGCACGAGGGAGUCAAGGUUUCACUUGUCCCAUAGCAGCGGCAUCAAUUGCCGGUACUCUUGGUGCGGGCGUUUUCUGAAAGUGUCCAGGCCUAUCCUGUACAACCAUGAGGAAGCUCAAAUUUCACGAGCAGAAGCUGCUGAAGAAAGUCGACUUUUUGCAAUGGAAGAACGAGCACAACCUUCGAGAAGUGCAGGCCAUGCGGCAGUACCACAUCACCGACCGGGACGAUUACAAAAAGUACAACAAACUCUGCGGGAUGGUCACCAAGCUGACCAGCAUCUUGAAGAAGCUAGACCCACAAGAUCCAUUCAGGAUCGAGCUCACUGAUCAGCUGCUCGAGAAACUGUACAAUAUGGGCGUCAUUCCGACCCGGAAAAGCCUUGCGUUAUGUGAUAAGCUUUCAACCUCCUCUUUCUGCCGGCGCCGACUGGCGGUCAUGCUCGUCCGGCUGAAAUUUGCGGAGACGAUGCGGGAGGCGGUGACUUUUGUGGAGCAAGGACAUAUUCGGGUGGGUCCAGAGACUGUGACCGAUCCCGCGUUCUUGGUGGUAAGAAACAUGGAGGACUUCGUAACCUGGGUAGAUACCUCCAAGAUCAAGCGGAAGGUGCUCAAGUAUAACGACAAGUUGGACGAUUACGAUCUACUAGGAUAGACCAUUCGAGCGGAUUCCAAGAAAAAACGGAGAGUAGCUCACUUAGUGAGCUGUUGUGUAACGCCUCAGUUGCGGAGUCAGGGAGGCUGUAUCGGAGUCCUUGCUGAGACAUCGCUAGCUGCAUACAAGCUGUGUAUGGCGGCUUUGUAAGGUUUAGUCUAUAAAAGGAGUCACCUUUUCUGGUUGAGGAGCCCUUGACCCAACUCGAUCAAAAGCGCAAGCCGGUUGUUGAAAAUGCUAUGUGGCGCUUGCCCAAAUCUGUUUCUUGUAUAGAGCUAACAAAUCUGUAAGAAGCCCAUGCACUCAGUGCAUGCGCGGAG